AUUUCUUUGUUUUUCCUGUCUGCCUCUUUGCCCUUUUGCCAGGAUUUUCUAGGGUUCGGGAUUUCAGCAAUUUUCUUUUUUUCUUUUUUUUUUUUUUCUGGAAAAUGUCUUCAAUUGGAACAUCGAAGGGAAUUCUCGAGAUCGCCAAAUUCGGGCUUUAUGUCAGUAUACCCAUCUUUCUUAUGUACACCUUCGCCAACAAUAGCAAAAAUCUCCAGAGAUUCAUUGGCAAGUCUUAUAUAGUGUAUCCUCCCGAGGGACCAAGGCCUCCGUCCCCGGAAGAAGUAAGAGAGAUGGCGCGUGAAUUGGCCCGCAAGAACAAUAUUCGUUGAUGCUUUGUGUGGUCUGUAGCAGUGGGAUCGCCGUGUAAUCUGUUUAUAGAGGAAUAAUCGACAUUAGGGAGCGAGAACGGUCGGGGCAGCCUUCGGUAAGCUUAACCCUGCCAUGAGUAUCAGUCUUCCUUAAUAUGGUUGUGCUUUUGAAAAACAAAAAAAACCUUUCAACAAUGAGAGAUACUGCUUUAACUGUGGUGAUAUGGCUGUGUAAUAAUGGGAAAAUUUGAUCUGUGAUGCCAUGAUCCACUGUGAUACUGUUUCUCUUUAUAAACAUGAACUUUUUGGUAUGUGAUUGGAACAUUAUAUCAUAUGUUAUUUGGAGAUCAAAUGAUAUUUUAGCAUAUAUUUUGUUAUUA